AUGUGGUCAGACACCGUCAAUGUGAGGGGACCUUGGAGAAGCCCCCAGCAAGUCUGUGCGUUCAGGAGACUGCAGGGUCUUCAGGCCUACAGCCCAGUAGGAGACCCUUUCAGGACCAUGGACAGCGCAAAUAUUUCCAGGAUCUUUGCCCAGCUUGGUGUGGGUGAAUCCCUAGGCCGUGUUGGUGCCUGGUCUCUGCACACCAGCCCUGAGCCCAUCCUUGCCCAGUCUUCAGAUGGGGUAGAGCUGGACCCAGGAUUGGCACUCUUCCUCCCACACACCCUCUGCAGACAACCAGUAACAGAUGGAGAUAUUCAUUGGCAGUCUCAGAAAGUGAAGAGGGCAAGGAAGAGAUUGGCUAUGGCCUGGAGGGCAGACAGGCUUGCCAGGGAGGCAGAAAGAGCCAAGAGUCCUGAGAACUAG